UCUUCUGGUAUUCCUUCCUCUCCAGGCUCUGGCUGAUUUUUUUUCUGAACCAAAGAUGACUAAUACCACGUUAGAAAAAUCCGUUACUGGAGUGAUGAAUGUCUUUCAUAAGUACAGCACGAAGAAAGAGGGCUUUGAUGAACUGAACCUCAUGGAGCUAACUGACCUCAUUAAGAAAGAGUAUCCUACUUUCCUCUCAAUCUGUGGCAAAGGCGAUCCAGAUGGCUUCAUAAAAAGUCUUUUUGACAAGUAUAAGGGUAAAGAUGAACAAGUCAACUUUAACAAAUAUACGAAAAUCAUAGGCAAAAUAACCGACACCUACCACAACCUGAGCCAUGGCCGUACCACCUGUGGUACCGGGAAAUGAACACAAUUAGAUCGUGUUGAUGAGAUCCAUGGAUAGAAGGGAUGAAUCCAGCCCAUCCUAGGAUGGGGAGCUUGUGAGAGCUAACUUGAACCAAUAAAGCAUCUCCUUUACUUUA